UAAUCGCUAAUGGCAGUUGCAUGCGUUGCAUGGGUGUAAACGGACGGACGUGCAGUCGGACAGACAGCUGCAGUGUCAUCAUCUUGCUGUGCAUCUUAUUGUACGAAAAGAGCUUAAAGUGUCGGAGGUUCGAAAAGGAGCAAAUUGCUACUAUGUCUCAGCGAAAACUAUCAAAAGUCAUAUUACAAUUAAUAUUGCCUGUUUGGCCAGGAGAAUUCGCGAUGUAGCCUAUUACAUACUCGAUUUCAUCGCGUUCGCGUUUAUUCCUCAUCGAUGUACCGAGAAGUAUCGGGAGCAUUUCGUGCAACAUUUUUGAAUUCAAGUCGCAUGAAAUCUCCUGUUGUUGUUCUCGUGAAAACAUUCGUCUAUUAUUGUGUCACCCUUCGUCGUUAUUCUCGACGUUUUCAUUCUCGUUCGUAUUUCCGUUGUCAUUCUCAAGUGCCUUCUCUUUCCCUCUCUCAUCCUUUUAACUUACUAUUUUCCGAUUUCAAUCUCGUGAAAACUAGUGUACGCAUUGAAUGACGUACUAAUAUGUUUGUUAAUUCGAUAUGAGGUGGAUGGUUCAUUCCAAAAUGUAUCGCAUUUAAUAGACAUCUUAAAAAUAAAUAGAUUUUUCUUAUCAACUAAAAGGCAAAGUGUUCUUAUUUGAUACAUAGAAUAAAAAAAAGAUGUCUCAGUUAAGUAUUAGUACAGGAAAGAGAGGGAGGAGUGUUGCAAGCUCCUCUGCACCUACUGUAUCAUCUCUAAGCAGUUCAACUGAUCUAGCAAGUUUAUUUGAAUGUCCAGUUUGCUUUGAUUAUGUUCUUCCACCCAUUUUACAAUGUCAGAGUGGACAUCUUGUUUGUAGUAAUUGCAGACCAAAACUUAAUUGUUGUCCUACCUGUAGAGGCCCACUAGGUAAUAUUCGAAAUCUGGCUAUGGAAAAAGUGGCAGGUAAUGUGAUGUUUCCUUGCAAAUAUUCAACAAGUGGAUGCACUGUAUCAUUAGUGCAUACUGAAAAAGCAGAUCAUGAAGAUGCAUGUGAAUUCCGUCCAUAUAGUUGUCCUUGUCCAGGUGCUUCCUGUAAAUGGCAAGGAUCUCUUGAGCAAGUAAUGCCACAUCUUGUUAUGAGUCAUAAAAGCAUUACAACUCUUCAGGGAGAAGACAUUGUUUUCUUAGCAACGGAUAUUAAUCUUCCUGGUGCGGUAGAUUGGGUAAUGAUGCAAUCUUGUUUUGGUCAUCAUUUUAUGCUAGUACUUGAAAAACAAGAAAAAUAUGAUGGACAUCAACAAUUUUUUGCAAUUGUUCAAUUGAUUGGUUCAAGAAAACAAGCAGAAAAUUUUGCCUAUAGACUAGAAUUGAAUGGGCAUAAAAGGCGUUUAACAUGGGAAGCUAUGCCACGUUCUAUUCAUGAAGGUGUUUCAUCUGCAAUUUUAAAUUCAGACUGCCUUGUAUUUGACACCUCUAUCGCGCAAUUAUUUGCCGAUAAUGGAAAUCUAGGAAUUAAUGUUACAAUUUCUAUGGCAUGAGGAAAGCUGGAAAAAGCAGUGUAAAGUGUGUUUUAAAUGUAUUGAGCAAUCUUUUGAUUCAGUCUGUUGUAUUAUGGAUUGCCCAUUAUGUACAUAUAGCAUUUUUUUUACGUUACCAUAGAUAAAUAUUAGCAAUAUGGAUGUUAGGAAAUGUUUGGAAUGUUUAACAAAGCUCAGAAAUCAAACGCUCAGUUACAGAAUCUCUCUUUUAGAAGCUUUAAAGGAUAUUUGUAUGUAUGUGAUAUGAACACUACACAUGAAAAAAAUAAACAAUCUUUCUUAGUAUAUAUUUAUACUGACUUUAAAGCUUUAAUACUGAGUAUAACAUCAAUUCCAAAAUGUACCUGACACCUAUUGCAUACUGUUAUCAUGUUUAUUUAGUCACUUCUUACUGUGUAAAUUUUUAUGAGCAUAGUUUCUUUUUCAAUUUUGAUUCUUUCCAAUGUAAACAUUUUUUGCAGAAAUAACGUCAUAUUUUAAAAAAGAAGUACAUAUAUAGUUUUCAUCAAAAGAUCAAUUACAAUGAUACAGAGUAUGGUAUUAUAGAUAAAAAUUUAAAGUACAUACCUGAGAAAGUCCUCUAUACGUAAUUUUUUAUCGUAUAGUAAUUAAAUUCAAUGUACUAAGCAUA